AUGUCGAACCCCCGCCAGCGGCUCUAUAUUGGCAGAUUGCCCCCCGAUGUACGUUCUGAUGAUGUCUCGAAAUAUUUCGAUACGUAUGGGCGAAUUGUUGACUGCCGUGUGAUGACUGGUUUCGGUUUCGUCGAGUUUGAGAAUGCCAAGGAUGCCGAGGACGCUGUCACCCACUGCAAUGGCAAGUCUUUCAUGGGUGCAAAUAUCGUCGUGGAAUUCGCGAAAGAAGGCCGGCCCCGUCGCGAUCCGUACGAGGACCGGAGCCAUGGCUACGGAAACUCUCGUUCCCGUAGGCCUCCAGGCUUUCGUAUCCUAGUUCAGAACGUCGCCCGUGAAGUCAGUUGGCAGGUAUGGAAAGUUUUGUAUAAUUUCGUCGUUCUGGCCCUUCCCACGCUUGCCCUUUUGAUUGGAUAUGCGCCGAGGCCCAUGGAUCUGAAAGAUUUUGGCCGGGAUGCUGGUAAUGUGACAUUCGCUGAUAUCGACCGCGAUGUCGCGGGUCAAGGUAUUCUUGAAUAUGUUACUCGUGAGGAUGCGGAUCGCGCCAUCCGAGACUUGGAUGGCAAAGAGCUCCGCGGAAAAAUUAUUCGCGUUACCGACGAUAACCACUCUGGUCCCGAUAACUAUAGACGCGAUGACCGUCGUGAUGACCGGCCGCCCAGGGAAGACCGUUAUCGGGAAGACCGCAGCUACAGGGACGACCGUAGCUACAGGGACGACCGCUACAGGGAUGACCGCGGCGCCAGAGAAGACCGUGGCUACCGUCGGGACCGUUCAAGAUCGCCUCGUCGUGACCAUGAUGAUCGACGUCGGUCCCCGCCUCCCAGGAAAGAAUAUGAUGAUAGGAGGCCUACAGGGUACGAUGAUUACCGGAGAGUGGGUUAUGAUGAUCGCAGAGUACCUGAUUAUCCUGAACGCCGCAGGGACGAAAGAAGACGCGACGAGAAGGAUGACCGGUACGACGACAGACCCCCAAGACAGGCGAACGGUGAUGGAGGAUGGACUCGUUGA